AUGCCCGGUUCAUUCCUUCUGAUGGUUCGAAAUGACGUGAUGUCCUUUGCGAUGGAAGCAGAGGAUGAGAACGACGGCUUGUCCUACGUUCGCUCGGGGAAGAAGAAUAAGAAGAGCGCCAAGAACGGAAGGCAGACCUUCAGUAUGAAAGACAAGGUGGCGGACAUCUUCCAAGUGCAGAUGUUCACUCGCGACAAAUACAAGAAGAGUGGCCUCGCCCAAAAGAUCGUGAGAAGCACUCACUUCGAGAACUUGU